AUGCCAGCAUCAUUACCAUCACCGUCAAUAGCUUGCUUACCAGCCCUACAUGAACCCUCACCAUCAUCGCAAACAUCACCACCCUUGAAUACGCCCUCAUUGCCACUUGGACCGCCUGAAGCACAACAGUCACCAUCUGCACCGCUGCAACAGAAAAUACCUACAGCAACAUGGGCAGCGCCGAUUGGCCACGUACAACCCAUCCAGCCUCUAGAAGCUUCAUUUCAAGUCAAUGCGCCAGUACUCAUGCGAUCCAAAGCUCCACAGAAUGGCACAGUCACACAUAGUCCAGUCACCGGAAAUGACGCCAUAACUGCCACAAAUCAUGAGCUCUUAUCACGACGGAGCUUCGAUCAAGGAAUCCACGAUCUUGAACUGUAUGCCACCGCAUUUGUGAGUCGCAAUACCGGGUCGUCGAGCGCAACGACUCCUGAUUAUGACCCUGUCCACUACCCUAUCCGAACCGGCUCCCUUCCUACCAUCAAGCUAAUGGUGGACGACAACCCACAAUGUGUGUGCGCGGUCACGAGAAGCGGGAAAAGUUGCGUUUAUCUCGCUGCGGAAUUUGGCCAUCUCGACAUUCUUGAAUUUAUGAUUUGGUACAAGGUGGACCUUAACCUCACCAUUCCACGGGUCAGAUGGUAUCCCAUCCAUAUAGCAGCGUUCAAAGGUCAUACCGAGGUGAUAGACCUGUUAUUAAAAAGGGUAGCAGAACCCGAUGCCUGCACUGUUGAUGGACGGACCCCCUUGUGGUUGGCUGCGCAUCAGGGACAUUACGAAAUCGUCAAGCUACUUCUAGAUACCAAAACGCCCAUCGAUAUUGAAGCCAAAUGUCAGGACAGGCGACCACUGCACCAAGCUGCACAGAACGAACACUCUCAGAUCGUCCAGGCUCUUUUGGAACGUGGAGCACAGCUCGAACCUUCCGGAUCCAAAGGCUUUACACCGCUUUGUCUAGCCUCCGCAAAUGGUCAUCAAGAAGUGGUCCGGUCGCUCUUGGAGCAAGGUGCCAAGCUGGACACCAAACGCGAUGAUGGAAAAACACAACUGUUUACAGCUUCAGAUAGGGGCCAUUUUGGUGUGGUAAAGCUACUUCUACAACACGGGGCCAGUCCCCAAACGAGCUGUGGGCCCCACGGGGCAACAUCCCUUCACAUUGCCUCACAAAGAGGACAUCCAGAGGGCAGUGAUGAUAUUACACCGUUGAUGCUAGCUUCCCAAAACGGCCAUCAGGGUGUAGUGAGAUUGCUGCUGCAACACGGCGCCAGUAUUCUGGCUAAACGUAAAAGCAGCGAGGCUACAUCUCUUCACUUCGCUUCCCAGAACAACCACCACGAGGUGGUCCAGUUGCUUCAACAGUCUCCAUCAUCGGCAAACGAGAGCCUGGUUGACUUGAAUUAA